UUUUGGUUAGCUUUACAACACAUUGUUCUUGUGGUUCAUACAUGCAUGCAUCUAAUCUGGUUCGUCUCCGACAGUCGAUGUUAAACAGGAGAAGCAUGUUCCAUUUAGAUGAUCACAGAGGUUAAUCAUGCAUGCAGGAGAGAUUACACAUGUCUCAGCCACAUGCCAUGUUUGAGAAAGGACACACGACACAACAUGCCGGCCGGCCGGCCGGCCGAGACACACACACAUAUAACAGCCAUGAGAGCACCCUGCUGCUACCAAUCUAAUAGCACCAUUACUUGCAUCUUUCCUCAGCCAAAAUCAAUAAGCCAUCGUGUCAAAAAGAAAGAAACAUUCAAGAAGCCAUGCAAGGCCCAAGCACAAGCAAAAACACCAUGGCCGCCUUCAAGCAAGACUUCCUCAAGAACCUGCUCCUGAGCCUCCGGGAACGCACAGAGGCGCGCUCCUUCCACGCCAUGAGCCUCCAGGAGAGGAAGCGCGCCGUCAAGUCCUCCGCCGAUGUCUCCAUGGCGGCCGCACGCGGCGCCACCGGCGGCAGCCGAUUGAGGUGGGCCAAGGUCAUCUUGGCGGCGGCUGCCGCCGCCGCCGCGUCGUCCAACCCUUCUUGCAAGCUGAAGCGGUGCAGGAGGGUUGUGAGGCGGUGCUGCCUUGAGAAGAGGAGUAGAGGCUGUGCUCCUCCUGCCAGUGCGAUGAGUAGCGAUUACGUUGCUAGGAGGAUGGUGAGGAGGAGGACCAUGGCGCUCAGGAAGGUGAUACCCGGAGGGGACGCCGCCAUGGACGAGGCCUCGCUGCUCCGUGAAGCCAUGGACUACGUCGUCCACUUGCGCGCCCAGGUCGAUGUGCUCCGCCGCGUCUCCGAAGCCGCGCGGAUCCAGCUUCCUCCGGGAUCCUUCUCGAAGGGUACUUGACGAAAAAGAGGCUUGAAGUAUGAGAGAAUUGUAGUGAUUGCUGCAUCAGAAGAGAAGGAUGUGCAUUUGAGGUGAAAAUCAUGGCCGAUCUGAUGGUGAUCAGAGUCACAUCUCUCAGUCUCAGCUUGUGCAAAGUGGCAAGAAUUGAUCAGGAUUUUGUCUUGUUUCAUUGAGAGAUGAGUGGGGACUUGUAAGCUACCUAGAUAGCUACUGUUGUACUGGGAAGAAAGGGACAUGCUAUUGUAAUCUUGUGGAUCAACAGAGCAAUGGGUGCCAAUUUAGUUUCACUUGUGGUGACUCAUUGCCAAAAUUACUAAGAAAAAAAGAGAGACACCAGGAUCAUUGAUCGGUGA